AUGGAUGUGGAUGGGGCUGAUGACUUGAGGGAGACCUUCUGUUUGGACACCAGGACAGGGACAUAUUUCCAUAUAGCUCAGUGGUCAGGAUACACAGCUACUCACACAGUCUAUGCCCACCAGUCUCUUGUCCAUCUUCUGGCUUCCAGCAUAACAAUCUCAACAUCAGCUCUCGAAACUAAACCCAUCACAGUAAAUCUCCACACCCAGUUCAAACCAGAGAGUCCAGACCUGGACUUGCAGAAAGGGCCAGAUUUCCUGGGAGCUCACUAUCUCUAUGGAAAGACAUUGGUCCCAGAAGUAGAGGGUGGCCCCCAACCUACUGUACACAUGAUCUGGACCCCAGUGCCCCAAUCAGUGACCCUCCCUGGAGACCGGAAGGAGCAGAGAUGGGAGUUCCUCACUGCCGUAGCAGAGUCUGAAGAGGUUGUGCAAAGGACCUUUUGUGAAGGGAUGUCCCUGGUUGGAUCGGGUUCCUUAUAUCUGUCUCACACCCAGGCAUGGGCAGCGCUCUGGGAAGGCUGCUGUGUAGAUGUGGACGGGCCUCUUCCCUUCAGCCAGGCCAUAUAUGGCUGCCUGUAUUACCUGCUGAGUGCCAUUCCUCCUCUGGGCUCUGCUAACUUCCCUUUCUCUGGAAUCAGCCCAGGAGGCCUUUCCAACGGCACAUUCGGUGAAGACUACUGGGGCCAUGUCUUCUGGGACCAGGAUACCUGGAUAUACCCAAACAUCCUGCUUUUCUAUCCAGAAGCGGCUUGUGCUAUCUUAAAAUACAGGAUCCAAACACUAGAGGGAGCUCUACACAAUGCACGGGAACAAGGAUACAAGGGUGCAAAGUUUCCCUGGGAGAGUGCGGCAACGGGCCGAGAGGUCUGCCCUGAGAAAAUUUAUGGAGACGAGGAGAUCCACAUCAAUGGAGAUGUGAUGCUGGCAUUCGAGCAGUAUUUCUGCCUCACUCAGGACUUGAAGCUCUUUCAGCAGGAAGGUGGCUGGGAUGUAGUCCAGGCUAUCGCUCAAUACUGGUGCAGCCGAGUUGUGUGGAACUCUGAGGAAGAAAACUAUCACAUUGUGGGUGUUUUGCCCCCAGAUGAAUAUCAUUGCACUGUAGAUAAUUCUGUCUAUACAAAUGCAGUUGCCCAGAGGAGCUUGAAAUUUGCAAUUGACUUGGGCUCCCAGUUGCAUUUUGCUGUCCCCGAAGAGUGGAAGGAGAUUAUGAAGAAACUUAAAGUGCCUUUGGAUAAGAGCAGACGUUACCAUCCAGAAUAUGAUGGAUACUGUCCAGGUGAGCCAGUGAAACAAGCGGAUGUUGUCUUGCUUGGGUUUCCUCUCAUGUACCCCAUGGACCCAGAAGUCAGAAGGAAGGAUCUUGAGAUCUAUGAGCCUGUGACUGAUCCCCAGGGGCCUGCCAUGACUUGGAGCAUGUUUGCAAUUGGCUGGUUGGAGCUGAAGGAAAUCAAAAGAGCACAACAACAGAUGAGCAAAUGUUUCAGCAACAUCACCGAGCCAUUCAAGAUCUGGGUGGAAAACUCUGAUGGAUCAGGAGCUGUAAAUUUCUUGACCGGGAUGGUUGGAUUUCUGCAAGCCAUCUUUUUUGGAUAUGCUGGUUUCAGGAUCUCCAGAAGUUGCCUGAAAUUUGACCCUGUUUAUCCUGAUGACAUAAAGCAGCUGAACAUUACUGGAAUUUGCUACUUAGGAAGCAAGCUGAAUCUCACCUUCACGAAAGAGAAAACCACCAUCCAAAUGACCAAGUCUUCUCCCAAUUUACACUUAUCUGUUCUGGAGGUGGAGUACAUGGAGAAGUAG